GGCAACCUGGCCCCAAGGGACAGAAAGGUGAACCCGGCGAUAUUAAAGAUGUCGUAGGACCCCGAGGGCCUCCGGGACCGCAGGGUCCCGCAGGCGAGCAAGGACAACGAGGCGACCGCGGCGAGAAAGGAGAGAAGGGAGAACCUGGCAUCGCAGGCUUCAAAGGCGAGCAGGGUCCCAAGGGCGAGACGGGUGCUCCGGGCGAACGAGGUCCUGCUGGCCUCGCAGGUCCCAAGGGAGCCACUGGUGAUCCUGGCCGCCCCGGAGAGCCCGGCCUGCCCGGCGCCAGGGGUCUCACCGGCCGCCCUGGUGAUGCUGGUCCUCAAGGCAAAGUUGGCCCAACUGUAAGUGAUGCCGGCGGGGCCCACAAGAUUUCGGUCCCCCGUUUCAGUGGCGCCAGUCAUCCUUCACCACUGUCCUUUCUGCAGGGUCCCGCUGGCGAGAGAGGAGAGCAAGGAGCCCCCGGACCUUCCGGCUUCCAGGGCCUUCCCGGCCCGCCAGGUCCCCCAGGAGAGGGCGGCAAGCCCGGAGACCAGGGAGCCGACGGACAACCCGGCGCUAAAGGCGAACAGGGAGAGCCUGGGCAGAAAGGUGACGCCGGUGCUCCCGGUCCCCAAGGUCCUUCUGGUGCACCCGGCCCACAGGGUCCCACUGGUGUAACCGGUCCAAAAGGAGCCCGUGGUGCCCAGGGUCCCCCUGGAGCCACUGGAUUCCCUGGCGCCGCCGGACGUGUCGGACCGCCUGGCCCCAACGGUAACCCAGGCCCCCCCGGCCCUCCUGGAUCUGCCGGCAAAGAUGGUCCCAAAGGUGCCCGUGGCGAUGCUGGUCCCCCAGGCCGUGCCGGCGACCCCGGUCUCCAAGGCCCUGCUGGUCCCCCUGGCGAGAAAGGCGAACCUGGAGAGGACGGCCCCGCGGGUCCCGACGGCCCCCCUGGUCCCCAAGGCUUGGCAGGACAGCGCGGCAUCGUCGGUCUGCCCGGUCAGCGAGGCGAGAGAGGCUUCCCCGGUCUGCCGGGGCCAUCGGGCGAACCUGGUAAACAAGGAGCACCCGGCUCCGCGGGCGACCGCGGCCCUCCUGGCCCCGUGGGUCCCCCCGGGCUGACAGGUCCCGCCGGCGAACCUGGGCGCGAGGGCACCCCCGGCUCUGACGGCCCCCCAGGCAGAGACGGCGCCGCCGGCGUGAAGGGCGAUCGUGGCGAGACUGGUCCUGUGGGUGCUCCUGGUGCUCCCGGCGCCCCUGGCGCUCCCGGCCCCGUCGGUCCCACCGGCAAACAAGGAGACAGAGGCGAGACGGGUGCUCAAGGGCCCAUGGGUCCCUCCGGUCCUGCUGGUGCUCGGGGCAUGCCGGGUCCCCAAGGUCCUCGCGGCGACAAGGGUGAGACUGGUGAGGCUGGAGAGAGAGGACUGAAGGGUCACCGAGGCUUCACUGGGCUGCAAGGUCUUCCCGGACCUCCCGGUCCUUCUGGAGACCAAGGUGCUGCUGGUCCUGCUGGUCCCUCCGGCCCCAGGGGUCCCCCAGGCCCCGUCGGCCCCUCUGGCAAAGACGGCUCCAAUGGCAUGCCCGGCCCCAUCGGUCCUCCUGGGCCCCGCGGACGGAGUGGCGAACCGGGUCCUGCAGGUCCCCCCGGAAAUCCUGGGCCUCCUGGAGACUACUGGAUUGACCCGAACCAGGGCUGCACCUUGGAUGCCAUCAAGGUUUUCUGCAACAUGGAGACAGGCGAGACCUGCGUCUACCCGACCCCGAGCAGCAUCCCCAAGAAGAACUGGUGGACCAGCAAGACCAAAGAGAAGAAACACAUCUGGUUUGCAGAGACCAUCAACGGCGGCUUCCACUUCAGCUACGGCGAUGAAAACCUGGCUCCCAACACCGCCAACAUCCAGAUGACCUUCCUCCGCCUCCUGUCCACCGAAGGCUCCCAGAACGUCACCUACCACUGCAAGAACAGCAUCGCCUACAUGGAUGAGGAGUCGGGCAACCUGAAGAAAGCCAUCCUCAUCCAGGGCUCCAAUGACGUGGAGAUCAGAGCUGAGGGCAACAGCAGGUUCACAUACAGUGCCCUGGAGGACGGCUGCACGAAACACACUGGCAAAUGGGGCAAGACAGUCAUUGAAUACCGAUCACAGAAGACCUCACGCCUGCCCAUUGUAGAUAUUGCACCUAUGGACAUUGGUGGAGCCGAUCAGGAGUUUGGUGUGGAUAUUGGCCCAGUCUGCUUCUUGUAAAAAGAGUUGUUUUAUUUGUGUGUUUGUCUGUCUUUUUUUUUUUUUAAUUCAGCCCAAUACUGUUAAAAAACAAACAAAAAAUGCCCACCCCAAGGACCUGAGUACUUUCCAAUCACUCGUACAACUUCUGCACUGAAUGGCUGAAACGACCCCCAAAUUCCCCUUGAUUCACGCGCUUCCGUUUGGGACUAUUGCCAAAGCCGUCACAGGGCAGACUGCGAAAUAAAACCACGGUCUUAUUUAUUUAUUGUCUUCCUGUAAGACCUAUUUUUGGGUCAGGUGGAGGUGGGAAUCUAACUGGCAGGUAUGAAGGUGCCUCCCCACAAAAGGGAUCUCCCAGGUCUGGGUAUAAACUAAUCCCCUCCCAUCCCCGUCCCUCCCUGUGUGUAUCACCAGCAGGAGUACUAUGUAUAAUACAACAAAAAAUGGUGCUAUUAUUGUAAAACAAGU